CAGAGUUUUAAUUUUUGUAUGAUUGCAUUCUAAAGCAUUAUGUUACUCUCACUGCAUUUUCAUUAGUAAAUGUUGAAACAUUCAUACCAGUGAAAGAGAGAUGGCAGAACGCAUUAAAAGUACCAGUGGGCCAGUCUUUGCAGUAACAGUCACUUGGGAACUCUCUUGUGUUCGUGAUAACUUCCAACAAAAAUAUGAUCCUGUCCCUUCAUGGCAAGAAAUCAUGAAGGAUAUAUUCAAGCAUUUUGAGAUAAAAGAGAAGCUCCAGGAAAACUACAUGAUGAGGUUUGCUGAAUUUCCUUGUAUGUUUGUUGAUGAACACAACUACAAGAAUUUAAAGCCUCUGGAUAUUCUGCAUAUAUCUAGGUCACCAAAAUGGAUUUGUGAAGAAUUUGGCAGAAUCAUGACUUCCCAACUUAAUGAAGAUCAAAGUGAGGCAGAGGCUGAGGCUCUUGUCAAAAUAGCUGCAUUUUCUAAAGACCCAUUUUUUGCUCAGUAUUUUUUGGAAAAUGUGAGCUUCCAAUGUCUAGAGCGGGAGCUAAUUAAGUGGGAUGCUGAAAGCCCUCGGCUAAUUAGCAUCCUUCAUGCAUACUGCAACACGCUUGAAAAUUCAGACAAAGGCCUGGGCAAUUGCGGAGAUGUUCUUCCUUCAAAAGUUGCCCUGACAAUUGAAAGUCAGCUUAAUGUGUACUCUGAUGAUCUGCUACAUGAGUGCCUCCUCAUUGCCAUAUCUUUGUGCAAGUUGAAGCCCAGUCUUAUCUCAAGCAAACUCAACAUCUUACGCCUUGUCCAACAUAUGACAAAAAAUGCAGAAAUCAAGCGUGAGGCGCUGACGCUGCUGGUGCUGCUGUUCAAGGCGGCUGAGGGCACGGAGCGCGAGAAGAAUAUCUUUGCCCUUCUGUCCACGGGCAGCAGUCGCAGGAUCCUAAUGGAUCACAUCGUGGGCAAGAUUGACUUCCGUUUAGUUGAGGCAUACAAAAGUAACAACCCAUUAUUAGUGGUUUUCGGACCAUUAACAAACAAAUUCCAGCAGACUUCAGACAAGUCUACUGAGAACGAAAAGAAGCAGCAGCGCUACGAGUACGACGUGUGCUGCCUGAUGCAGCAGCUGCAGCACCUCAUGCUGAACCUGCAGCGCCACAAGCUCCUGAGGGGCGUGCUGCUCGACGAUACCAACGCGCCCGAGAAAGUCCGCGAGUUUUGUAAUGUUGCCUCUGAAGCUGAUGGCAAGAUUAAUGGCGUAAGCGGCUUAAAGGGAAAAAAAUCAAUAUUCAAUAAAUUGGGAUUUGCAACUGAAAAUCCUUUGAAUGAAUUCAACGAAGUACCGCCAGGCUGCCUCGCCCUCGACUGCAUCCAUUACUUCUGCACCAAACGCAAGGACGAGUACGAGAAGCUGGUGCUGGAGAACUGCUACCGCGCAGACUCGCUCGAGUGUCCAAUCGGCCGCGCCUCCAUCGAGCUCACCAAGCUGCUCGCUGUCGUCUUCAAGGUUGGGGAGCCCGUGGUUGAGGAUUGUACGGACCUGCACCCGAUUUUCUUCUCGCACGACUAUCCUUUUGAGGAGAUUUUCUGCAUCUGCAUCAACAUCCUCGAUAAAACUUGGAAGGAAAUGAAAGCCACCGCCGAAGAUUUCACCAAGGUGAUGCGUGUUGUUAGGGCGCAAAUAUUGCGGGUACUUCAGCUAAAACCCUUGAACUUGGGUAAAUUCGAAGACGGCUUGAAGAAGCACACAUACAAAGACAUCAUUGAACAUUGGCAGAAGAAACGGGAGCUCUUCGAAGAAGAGGAGAUGAAAGCCCCACAAAUAAUUGAGCUGCGCAAGGAGCUGGAGCGAGAAGCUACGGAGUUGGUGCGCCUGCAGCGCCUGAAAAUGAUGGAGCGCGGUUGCCGUUUCCGCUGUCCGGCCAAGGGGCGCGGCAACAAGGACAAGCCUUGCUACCUCAUCUUGUCCGUUAACCACAAGUUCCUGCACUACGGAGAAGUCGAUGAGAAAGUCACCGAAAUUCCUCCACUCGAUAAACUUCAGAAAAUCAACGUUGCUGAGAUCAAGUCUUUGACGCUUGGCAAGGAUUGCGCUCACUUUAACCCACGUCGCUGCAGAGACGAGUAUUACUUCAGUCUGGCCACGGACAGCAACAAGCCAGGCUGCCUCGAAACUGUCGACAUCAUCGCGACCGACCAAAAAACCUAUCAAGCCUGGGUCGACGGCAUCAAAAUCCUCGCCAAGGGGAAACUCGGGAAAAUGGACUCGAAAUCAGCUAAGACCGAAAUCGACAUGCUACUGAACAUUGAACUAAAACUGCAGCUGCUGGACCUUGACGGGGUCACCAUCCCGACGUGUCCUCUUGUCGUGCCGCCCUUGCCGUCCAACUACAACUUCUGCUACAGCCUCUGAUGUGGGGGCCGUGGGCCACUGCCGUGCCGCCCUUGCCGUCCAACUACAACUUCUGCUACAGCCUCUGAUGUGAGGGCCGUGGGCCACUGCCGUGUCGCCCUUGCCUUCCAAUUACAACUUCUGCUACAGCCUCUGAUGUGGGGGCCGUGGGCCACUGCCGUGCCGCCCUUGCCUUCCAACUACAACUUCUGCUACAGCCUCUGAUGUGAGGGCCGUGGGCCACUGCCGUGCCGCCCUUGCCUUCCAACUAUAACUUCUGCUACAGCUACAGCCUCUGAUGUGGGGGCCGUGGUCCACUGCCGUGCCGCCCUUAUUGUACUUCAAUCUCCCCUCCAAACUACAAUUUGUGUUACAGCCUGCUAUUGAUCACUGAUUUCAUUGGUUCUUCACUUCCUACGAAGUAUUCCUACGCAUUCUGGAUUUGCUGUACGUUUCCGAUUAACCCUCAAAAAGUUUAGAAUAAAUUUUCAUACCAAUCUAUCCUCUCGGUUGGUAGUCGUGACAUUCCUUGCAUCUUAUGUUUAUGACGUUAGCUUAACGCUCUCGAUUAAAUAUUGAUUCUGAGGUCUGCUUAUGGUGUUGUUCAGCACCAGCGCUUUAAAUGCUUAUGCCCGCCUUGAAAAUCCGUAAUUCAGGGAUUUCAGGCCACCGUGACCCGUAGUGUGAAUGUUGAUUUUAUGACCUUGUUCAUUUCUGAUUGAUUGUUAUGAUUUUGUUGAUAAAUUUGCUGUCGUGUCACUGAAGUGUGUAGUUUUUAAGAAAUUUAUCUGGUGCAUUUGCGUGGUGAAAAGAAAGAUUUUCAAUAUGGAAUAUUCUAUUCGCCGUCACUGGCUAAACUAUUUUAGCUGCCCGUUAAUGACAACAUUCCAUUGUUCAUUAUCUAUUGUACCUGAACAAUUUGUGAUUUUUCUCAUUUAACUAAGAAAUUUCACAACAAUUUAAUCGAUCGCGAUGUUCUUUUCUAUGCUGGAAGCUUGUCUUGAAUUUAUUCCAGCUUCUCCUAACUGUGGCAGGUUUCAGAUACGAAUAGGAACGGAAUUAUAUUGUUCUCAUACAUUGCCAUAUUAAUGACUUAGUACAUGCUCCCGAGUUUAUUAUUAUUUUUGUUUAUAUUUGUACCAAAACAUG